ACUUUCGCCACGUCAUGAACUGGUGGUGCUAUGGUUAUUUUAUUGACUAUCUAACUUUGCAGUUACUACCUAUAGAAACAAACAUCUAUAAACAAUUUCCGACGUCGACCACAAGUUAUAUCAAACAUACUGGAGAUAUCCAACCAUAAUGUAGCUCUCCAUUCAUUAAUCUAUUCAAAUCGAGCUACAACGGACCAGGAACGUAGUGGCCCCUCUUCGACUGCAGACCCCGGUUUCCACCCGGAUGUAUUUUGGAGUCGCACCCCUUACGAUGGCAACAUGCUCGCCCAGUAGCGUAGCUGACGGAGGAAUAAAUGACCCAGGAGCCGCUCCCUACGGCAACUUCAUGAACUAUUACACCUUCAAUCCUCCGGAAAACCGCCUGAGCCUGAUCCCCUCGACAUUACUCCAGGAUUUAGGCCACGGCGGCGGCCUCCAGACCACCCUGCUCCUGGACGUCGGGUGUAACUCUGGGGAACUGAGCGUCGCCUUCUACAAGCAUCUGGUUCCGGCGCCUGCGAGCCGAGAGGAGUCGGACGAGAGCAGAGUCCAUCUGCUGGGCUUGGACCUGGACGAGACCCUCGUCCAGAGGGCUCAGCAGAACAACCCUCUGCCCGGCAACAUCUCCUUCAUCCCCCUGGACAUCACCAAAGGCGCCGACCGGCUCCGGGAGUACCUCGACCGGCACGGCGCCUCCCGCUUCCACCUGUGUCUGUGCCUGGCCGUCACCAUGUGGGUCCACCUGAACCACGGGGACUCCGGCCUGCUCCGGCUGCUCUCUGGCCUGGCCUCCGUCAGCCAGCACCUCCUGCUGGAGGCGCAGCCCUGGAAGUGCUACCGCUCCGCAGCCCGGCGGCUGAGGAAGCUGGGCCGCUCCGACUUUGACCACUUCAAGAGCCUGAAGGUCCGGGGGGACGUCGCCGAGCACGCCAGGGAGCACCUGGAGAGAAACUGCGGCAUGGAGCUCGUCCAGAGCUUCGGCAGCACCACGUGGGACCGCAAGCUGCUCCUUUUCAGAAGGAGUUUGUUUUUUCUUCAGGUGUAUCAUUCGAAUGUUAAAAAAGAUAACCAGCUGUACAACCCGUUUCGCCAUCAACGUGCAGAACUACAAAUCAAAACUUGAGCACAAUCCGUUAAUUUUCAUCAUUUUAAUUACAGAAUACUAAAAAUAACAUUACAUAAAAUGUCUUUUUAAAAGAAACCAUUGAAUAUUACAAAGGUUGUAAAUUUUGUAAAGUUAGGAUAUAAAAUCUGAACAGUGGUGCAUAAUUGAAAAGAAAAAUAAUUUUCAUAAAAUGUAUAUAUUAACUGUUCUACUACAUAAAAAAUGAGAUGGACACAAAUCGCAGACGAGAUGAGUAGACACCGCCAUUACCGCAGUGAGCUCUCCUUUCCAGGGAAGAAAGACUUGAGAUGCACAGCACACGCCACAAUCAGCUUAAGUUCUCAACUUGUGUCUAUGUUCAACAAAAAAGGGAAAAAAAGAGAGGGGGGGGGGGUUACCAUUUACAACAGGAGAGCACAAACGAGCUCGAGAGAGAGAGCGACUACAAAAAGUGACUUGGUGACUGCUCCCAAUAUUCACACAUCUCGAUGGGUUGAAAACCCGACUAAAACUGGCCGUGGUUCCGUAAACAAACCGUUUCCCACAGGCCGAAGCUGUACAAAAAGAGUUGCAAAAAUGUCGAUAAAUACCUCGUCUUUAAAUUCAUCCCGUCAAGACGGGGAAAUAAAUGAUCGGGGACGCCUUUCGGUCUCGUCUCGCAGCCAUUCCUAUGUCCUACUGUACAACUGGUCAGUCAGAUCCACUGAGAGCUACCAUGGUCACAUAAUUCAACAUCGAGAGGUCGACCGGAAGGAAUCGGGAACAGACUGUACACAAGAGGAGGGAUGGGGGGGGGACACACACACAUGCAUAAUCCAACAGUGUGCUUGCUUUCUUCCUCCUCUCUCUGAGAUCGACGUCACGUCACCUCGAGCCCUUGUUCGGAUGCUUUUGGAGCCGACCGAAGAGUCGCCCGAUGUUCCUCGACAUGAACGCCACACCGGC